UUUUUUUUUAAACGCUCACUCACCACUCCAUAGUCUAUAGUCCUCUCCCUGUCCGUGCCCUUUACUCCCCCCCGCGUCCGUCAAACUUUUUAUUACAUUUUCAACUGCCAUGGAUGCGCAUUUCAACAGAAACUGAAUUAGGAAAAUCGAAGAAAAAUCGAAGAAAAAAAAAUGUUCAGGCUACACAAACACAAGUCAGAUAAAUUUGGAGGCACACUUGACUUCAAGUUCUCCAGCUUCCAGGCUCUUCAGGUACCAAAAGGAUGGGACAGGCUUUUUGUGUACAUAAUUUCAGUAGAAACUGGAAAGACGCUGUCCAAAUCUGGGAAAGGGUCGGUGAGGAACGGAACUUGUCGAUGGACGGAGAGUUUGACGGAGUCCAUUCCGGUUUCGGAGAAAGAGAUUGAUGAUUGUCUCUUCAAGUUUGUUGUUUCCAUGGGAUCGUCGAGAUCGGGCAUCCUUGGAGAGGCUACGGUUAAUCUGGGGAGUUAUAGGAAUGCAGAAACUGCUGUUCCUGUUUCGUUGCCGUUGAAAAAGUGUAACCAUGGAACCAUUUUACUAGUUAGAAUUCAGUGCCUGACACCAAGAGCAAAACCCAGGGAGGAGCAGUUUGAAGAGCCUGGUUCAUAUGCAGAGGAUGUGAUUGCUGUUGACUACAUUGACAUGGAAAACAAAUCUGAUGUUUCUGAUAGCUCAGUCGCCAGGAGUGUUGGAUCCUCAUCAAGUAACCAUUUGGAUAGUGCAUCUGGUACAGGAGAACAUAGUAGGGAAUUGAGUUUCUCAGCAUCAGGAUCACGCUAUAGCUUUGACUCAAUGGAGGGUUCAUUGGAUUAUUCCCUGCAAAAUAACUUAAUUGGCACCAGCAAUCUUGUUGGGAGACAAGAUUCAACUGGCUCCCAGAACAGUUCUUCUUACGGAUCUUAUUCUCUUAAUGAUUCUUCCAGAUCAAAUCACUCGUCCUUUAAUUCAGCUUCACGAAGCCAUCUUCAGAAUCAAAGAGAAAGUCUUAAUCAGGUUUCAAGAACUGUUGCCUCAUCACCAUUACGGAAUGCUGAUUCAUCUAAAGAUCUUCUGGAAGCUGCAGAAGCUACAAUUGAGGAGCUUCGAGCAGAAGCGAGGAUGUGGGAACAAAAUGCUCGUAGAUUAAUGUUUGAUCUGGAAAAAAUGCGGAAGGAUUUAUCAGACCAAUCAAUGCACUGUGCAAGUCUUGAAAUGCAGCUUUCAGAAUCGCACAGAGAAUGUGAUGGCUCGAAGCAGAAGAUUGAACAAUUGAAGAUCCUGUUGGAGGAAUCCGUAGCAAAGCAAACAACCACUGAGAAGUUGAAGUUUCAGGCCAAAGAAAUGGAUAAUUUUCAGAAAGAAAUAGAAGAUGAAUUAAAGUUUCAGAAAGAAACGAAUGCUGACUUGGCUUUACAGCUAAAGAAAACCCAAGAGUCGAACAUUGAGCUUGUUACCAUACUUCAGGAACUGGAAGAUACCAUAGAAAUACAGAAAAUAGAAAUUUCCGAUCUGUCAAAAAUUCAAUCCAAAAGUCAAAAAGCAGGAAAGUAUCACCUUGAAGUCCAAAACAGUGAGGAGACCAAACGAAUGAAGAAAUCUUUUGCUAAGGAUACAAGAGAGGCCUCUUGUGAUUCGGGUAUGGAAGGCAGUACUGUUGAGCAGGAAUUGGAUGAUUUACCUGUAGGUUCUGAAUCAGAGGACAGCAGGAGCCUGGAGCUGGAGUUUCAGCAACUGCAAGAUUCACAAAAGAAUUUAGAAAGUACUAUCAAGCCUCCGGAGAGAUCUCUUGAGAACAAAAUCCAUGCAAUUGAGGUUGAGCAAAGUUUAAAAACUCAAACUCUAAUGGAUUGCGAAGCAGAAUGGAGAGAAAAACUAGCUGCCAAGGAUGAAAAGAUCACCAAUUUGGAAGCAGAGUUAUUCAAAGCUCUUAAUCCUCUUCAAUUUCAAAAUGGAGAUGAUCGCGAACUGAUUAAAGAAAUUGAAGUUCUGACACAGAAGAUGGAGGAACUUGAGAGAGAUUGCAGUGAGCUUACAGAAGAAAAUCUAGAACUUGUACUUAAGCUCAAAGAGUCAGAAAAGUAUGGUGCCUCUACUAGCCCUUCAUCAAAUGAAUGUUUGGGGAAUCAUUCUCUCUUAACCUCUGAAUCUGAGGUUAGAAAAUUGAGAUCCCAAAUAUGCAAGCUUGAAGAAGAGAUGCGUAAGAAGGAAAUAAUUAGCCAACAACUUUCCACUGAAAUGGCUAAAACAUUAUCUGAGUUGCAGGAGCACAUCCAAUCAUGUUUAGCCAAUGUGAAGAAGCAACAAUGUGAUCCAUGUUUUCCGAUAAAUGGAGAAUGUAGUACUGCUUUUGAUAAACCUGUCAUUUCAAAUGAUACAGAUUUGUUUAAUCAAAAAGAGAGAGCAAAGUCUAUUCUGAACAGUUUUGUCCAGCUAAAAGAUUUGUUUGAAGCAAAAUCUGCUUUGUUCAAAAAUGAAGUUCACCAAAGCAAAGAGGUAAGAGCAAAAGUGGUGAAUCCUGAUGAGCUCCGGAACAAUUUGGAGGCUUAUGACUCAGGGGGAAAUACUUUCAGCACUUGUGGUCCACAACCAGAAAGCAUGCAAAUGGAAUCUACACCUGAGAUGACAGAUUUAGAAAAGGAGCUUUUGGAAAAGAUAUCUGGCAUGGAUAAGCUUAAUUCUUUGAAUGAACAAGAGAUAGAUGCUCUAAGGCAUUCCCAAACGGAGCUAGAAACACAGAUUUCUAAUCUUCAGAACGAGAGAUGGCAGUUGGAGCAAAAUCUUGAAGUUACGCUAAGAGAAAGCAUGGUGACCUCUAAAUGCUUGGAUGAUUUACGAAAGGAAAUGACGAAGCUUAGUAGUAACAGGGAUUCACAAGCUUCAGCCAAGGAGAUCCUAGAAAGGAAGUUGUCAGAGCUGGAAAGUGGCAAAUUGGAGAUGGAAGUUCACUUGUCUGAACUAGAAAAAGAAAAUGUACAGUUAUCAGAGCGAAUAUGUGGCUUGGAAGCACAAUUAAGAUAUUUGACCAACGAUAGGGAAUCAACCAGCGAGGAAUUGCAUAACUCGGAAUCUAGUAAUAUGAGUCUCCGGGAAGAGAUAAGAAGACUGGAAAGUGAAUUGGAGGCACAAAAGGUUGAUGCGAGGCAAAAGAUGCAGGACAUGCAAAAGCGUUGGUUAGAAGCUCAAGAAGAGUGCGGGUAUCUGAAAGUAGCAAAUCCAAAGUUACAAACUACAGCUGAAAGUCUUAUUGAAGAAUGCAGUGUGCUUCAGAAAUCAAAUGCAGAACUGAGGACGCAAAAGAUGCAGUUACAUGAGCAUUGUACAAUUCUGGAAGCUGAGUUAAGGGAUUCAGAAAAGUGUUUUUCUAAUAUGUCGAAGGAAGUAGAAGCUCUUGAAGGAAAGUAUAUAUUGCUGCAGCAAGAAAUUGCCUCAAAAGAGCAAGCACUUGGUAUAGAACUAGAUUCACUUCUUCAAGAAAACAAGAAAUAUAAAGAGAAACUUGCUAUGGAGGAGAAUUUUCUGAACCAGAUGCACUUGGAGAAGACAGUUGAAGUUGAGAAUCUUCAAAGAGAGGUUGCACAUCUGACUGAACAGAUAUCUGCAACUCAUGGAGAAAAGGAAAGGACAGCUUCAGAAGCUGUGAUUGAAGUGUCUCAUCUGCGUUCAGGUAGAGCUAUGCUGGAAGCUUCUCUGCAAGAAUUACAAGGAAAACUCGAAUUAUCUGAGAGUAACCUCUGUACCCUCCAGAUGGAAUCAGAGAUUAAAGUGCUUGGACUUAUGCAAGAACUUGCUGCUUCCAAACAAAAUCAGGAAGUUCUGAUGGCUGAUCAUGAAAAGCUGCUUGAAUUGUUAGAAGAUGUCAAAUCCAAUGAAGAGAAACAUAAAAGCAGUGUUAAGGGGCUGGAAAUAAAACUUAAAGCUUCUGAAUAUGCGAGGCAACAAGUUGCAGAGGAAACUUCCAGCCUUCAGAUCCAAUUGCAGAAAACAUCACUUCUUCAAGACGAGAUUCUGGAUCUUAAAAGAUCGCUUAAUGAGGUCAAAUUUGAGAAUCAAAAGCUUGAAGCUUCAUUGCAGAUGUUAUCAGGGGAUUACGAGGAACUGAAGACCGAGAAAAUCCUGUCUAUGCAGAAGAUUUCUGACAUGCAGAGGGCUGUGUCUGAAUUAGAAGACUGCAAAAGGAGUAAAGUUGCCCUGGAGGAGAAGCUUUUGCGACUGGAUGGGGAUUUAACCGCAAGAGAAGCAAUAGGUGCUCAGGAUGCUGAGCUGAAAAAUGAGCUUGCUCGGGCUAAGAGAGCAAAUAGUGAAUUCCAGAGGAAGAUAAGAUACCUCGAAGAGGAGAAGCAGGAGUGCCUGAAGAAAGCUCAAGCUCUUGGAGAGGAACUUGAACAGAGGAAAGCAUCAAAACAGGAUCAACAUAGUUUCAGUGAUGCAAGCCUCCCUUCUGGUCCUGAAUCCAGUGACAUGAAUUCUUCUACUCCUGAUGAAUUCAGUGUCUCACAGGUCGGUACGAAAUCGAAUUUUAAUACUGGAAAUGCUCCAGGUAUAGGAUUGGAUUCUUUGUCAAAGAUCCAACUACUCGAGAAUGAACUAGCUGAGGCUUUGGAGGCAAAUGAUAUGUACAAAGCCCAGCUUAAGAGCUUGUUAACCGAGGAGUACAAGGAUCCAUUAAAUGCUCCCAAGAAGUUGUUGGAUGAAGAUGUAGUAGUCGAAGGAGAUGGAUAUGAGGGUAAGAUAUCAUCACUUCAGACAGAGCUAAAAGAUUUGCAGGAGCGCUACUUCGACAUGAGCCUCAAAUAUGCAGAAGUUGAAGCUGAACGUGCGAAACUUGUACUAAAGCUGAAGCCUGUCAAUAAUGGACGAAGGUGGUUUUCAUGAGUCCAGAGGACAUUCCCGUGGUUUCUAAAAUUCAACCUUUUCCAUUCCUGGCCGGAGCACCCCUUGCCGGAGCUCCAUUCUUUUCACUAAUUCUAUUUAUUGUAGAUCCCAUUGCUACAAAUCCUAUUUAAUAGAACAUCAUAACUUCUCCAUAGAUCGAAGUCACAUAUGAAAUGAUAGUGUCUGCUUAUUGAACACAACGAAAACUGAACUAGAAAUAUGCUCCCUCUUGCCACGUUAUAGCAUGUUCUUGUGUAAAAUCACACAGCAGUGAUUGGACAUGCCAAUUCCAAAGUAUAAUUCAUAGUUUUUUUAUUUACCGUUUCA